GUUGGCCGUCACUAUUGAUCGACCGGUGUGUAUGGUUUAGCCGUUUAUUGUGAGAAUCGAAGCAGCGCCAGCCGCAGGAGCCGAGGAGGGUCAGUCCUUGUCGCAAUGGUUUGGGGAUUUGUGACGUGUGGGCCAAACGAGGCCCUCGUUAUAUCAGGAUGUUGCCACAGAAAGCCUCUUUUGGUCCCUGGUGGACGAGCAUUCGUUUGGCCCACUGUGCAGCAAGUACAGAGGAUAUCGCUGAACGUGAUGACUCUUAAUGUUGAGUCUCCACGGGUCUACACAGCACAAGGUGUCCCCAUCUCUGUCACAGGAAUUGCACAGGUGAAGGUGCAAGGUCAGUAUGAAGAGAUGUUGCUGGCAGCGUGCGAGCAGUUCCUGGGAAAGACCGAGUUAGAAGUUCAACAAGUGGCCCUGGAGACACUCGAGGGACACCAGCGUGCCAUCAUGGGGUCCAUGUCUGUUGAGGAGAUCUACAAGGACCGUAAAAAAUUCAACCAGAAUGUUUUUGAAGUUGCAUCCAGCGACUUGAUAAAUAUGGGCAUCACUGUGCUGUCAUACACCCUCAAAGACAUCCAUGACGAUGAGACCUACUAUGCAAAGGGCUACCUAGAUGCUCUGGGUAUGGCCCGAACUGCUGAGGUGAAGAGAGAUGCCCGUAUUGGCGAAGCUGAAGCAACCAAAGACUCCCAGAUCAAGGAAGCACUUGCUGAGGAACAGCGUAUGGCUGCUAAGUACAUUAACGAUACCGAGAUUGCUAAAGCUCAACGAGAUUUUGAAUUAAAGAAGGCCACAUAUGACAUGGAAGUUCAAGCCAAGAAAGCAGAAGCUGAACUUGCAUACGAACUUCAGGCUGCCAAGACACGUCAAAAGAUUAAGGAGGAACAAAUGCAGAUUAAGGUAGUAGAGAGAACUCAGGAGAUUCUUAUCCAGGACCAGGAAAUUCAGCGGCGUGAAAAGGAGCUGGAAGCCACAAUAAAGCAGCCGGCAGACUCUGAGAAGUUCAAGUUAGAGAAAUUGGCUGAAGCUUCUCGUAACAGGUCCCUGCUAGAAGCUGAGGCUGAAGCCGAAUCCAUCCGAGUCAAGGGUGAAGCAGAAGCUUAUUCUGUGGAAGCGAAGGCCAGGGCUGAAGCUCUCAUUAUGCAGCAGAAGGCUGAAGCCCAGAAAGAAUACAAGGAAGCUGCUAUGUUGGAAAUGUUCCUGGAGAUCCUGCCAAAGGUUGCUGCUGAAGUUGCUGCUCCACUUUCACAAGCAAAAAAGUUAACAAUGGUGAGCAGCGGCAAUUCUGAGAUCGGUGCUGCCAAGCUCACAGGAGAGGUUAUGGAGAUCAUCGCUCAUGUACCACUGAUGGUGAAGAAAAUGACUGGUGUGGAUGUCACCAAGAGUUUAGCACCAAAGGAUCUGCCACGUACUCUUAUGAUGAAGCGAAUCGAUAUAGACAUUGGUAGUGCUUCUAGUACAUCAUCGGGGCUGUGAUCUAUACGGUAUAGAAAGAGUAUCCGUGCUGUGUAAAGGUUGGGACUGGUACAUCGUAAACAAGGAUUUUUCUACCAUUCCGGUUAACCACAAAAGAUAUGAAUUUUUAAAUUAAAAUCAAGAUAUAUUUUAUUGUUUUACUGGUACAGCAUGAAAAUAUGAAGAAAAAACAAAGUACCUGCAGAUCAUGCUGAUUAGUAAUUUUAGAAGUCUUAUAACUUUGAAUCUAAUUAGAUGCUGUUUGUAGAAUUACCUUACCAGUUUUUGUUAGUUUGACUAAUUUGAUAAUUUGGCACUGCAAGCAUAAAGUACAAGAGCCAAAUUCUUUCAAAGUUAAUACUGUUGUAGAAAUAAGGUGUCAUUUUAGUGUGUCACUUGGUAGUACAGUAAAUAUGCAUGACAACAGUCAUUAUAGGUAACUAUUACCGAGGCCUUAUCAAAACCUUAACAACUUCCUGUGUAACCCUUCAAGUUAGCAUGGUUGGAAGCUACCAACUUGCAUCCUACUUUCUAUGUCACAUUAAAAAAUGAUGCCUUGUAAAAUAGUUUAAAGCUCUGGCAUAAAUUUGAAAUGGAUGCUUAUUUAGCCAUCCUUAUUUUGGAUAUAUACAUAUAUAUAAAUAUCUAUAUAUUUCAUGAUUGGUGGACUUACUACUGAAUGACUCUUUUUGAAAGUUAUAUAAUCUCUUAGUCUUUAAUAUUGUUACUUAUUCUAUUAAUGUAGUGGUCUCCUGUGAUGCGGGCUCAGAGGACACAGGGCUUGUUCUGGUGUCACUAAACAGGACGACCCUUGUAAGCACUUCCUGGGACCCAGUAUCAAUGGUCACAGCAUUUAAUGUCCUAUUGCAAUUGUUUUAAACAAAUUUCUUAGUUAUGUGCAUACACUUUUUUUUUAA